UUAUAUGUGAUAUUAAAUUAGUUCGUUGAUCAUGCUGAUUGGAUUUUCUAGUUGAUUGAUCUGUUAGCAUUGACAUUGACAUGAAGUCUGUAUUGAAUGAAUCUGUCUCAUGGAUGAAGUUUCUGUGUAACAUGAAGCUCAACAUUGAUUAUUAGUGCAGGAAGACAUAGAACAUUUUGGAGAUGUCGGUUCUCUGGAUGAUAAUAUGGAUUCAUUUCUGUCGCAUGAUGGAGAAAAGGGAAGAGAUCUGUAUGGCACCUUAAAACCAGGUCUUACUGAGCAUAAAACAGAGUCUUCUAAGGGUUUUUCCUUUGGGGAAGUUGGUUGUAUAAGGACAAGGAAUAAAGUUACCUGCUGUCAUUUUUCUUCAGAUGGGAAGUUGCUGGCUAGUGCUGGACAUGACAAGAAGGUUGUCCUCUGGAGUAUGGAUACACUGAAAACAGAAACCACACCGGAAGAACACCAAUAUUUGAUUACAGAUGUACGUUUUAGGCCAAAUUCGUCUCAGCUAGCAACAGCGUCAUUUGACAAGUCUCUACGAUUGUGGGAUGCUGCUAACGUAAUUGUCUAUACCCUCUCUUUUACGAUAAUCUUUGUAAUAGUUAAUGAUUAA